UGAGGAUCACUUUCGUAAGCUUCGUACGGCAACUACCACAAUUUCCAGAUUCCAGCAUCGAUUGGACGUUCAAUGUCAAGAAAAGAACGAUGUCAUGGAGAGCAACACUUUUCUCAAAAUCGAGCUUGUAGCUGCAGAAGACCAAGCCAAAACACACCAACACGAGAACAAGCUGCAGGAAGACCAGAAAGCCCGCCUCUAUAACGAGCUCGAGGAAUCAUAUGCGGCAAAUAGCAAGCUUCAAAAUGAGAUCUCGAAUCUGGAUGAGAAUCUCCGAGCAGCUCAAGUCGAAAACUCAGUCUCUCAUCGGCGCAUCACUGAUAUUGAAGAAAAGCUGGAAACUUCGAUCCUCGACAAUAGCUCAGUACGUCACAGACUUUCGACUGACCGCAAACAGACGACCUCCUUGAGCGUCGCCAAUGCAGGUCUGCGGUACAGUAACAGAGGGGAAGGUAGAGCUGAGAAGAUGCAUGUCGGUCCAAGAGACGAAAUUCACCGAAAUCAACAGCACAAUUGAAACAGUAAAACAGGAGGCGACCGAUCUAAUGAAACACGUUGCGGUGUUAAAAGAUGAAGACUUGGAGUGGAAGGAUUCAAAAUCUGGCCAGAAGCAAUGCGUCUCGACUCAGGAGAGCGAAGUCAGAGAUGAAUCCGAGCAAGCAGCAGAAGGUGCUGGUUCUGACGGAAGGUGCGAG